AUGUGGGUGGCAACCGCCAGCGUGUAUAUGAUCGACCUCUUCCUCAACAGCGCCUCGACGACGGCCGGCAUCGCAGCCAAGGGGGGAUUCUCGGUGUGCCGCUUUAACGCCGGCACCUAUGAGAACUGGCAGCCGGACUCUGCUCUGUUCACCGCCGCCGACCACCCGGCGUCAGUGUGGCUGGACAUCCGCUCACUAAACGUGCGGUCCAUUAUGCAAAAGCGCCUGGAGCUGUGCAGGGCAAAGGGCUUUGUGGCGGUGGUGCCCGACGGCCUUGACGCUUACAGCAAUGCCAACGGCAUGGGCCUCACUGCGGCCGACCAGAUCAGCUACAACACAUUCCUGGCCAACGCGGCGCACAGCCUGGGUCUUUCUGUUGGCCUCAUGAACGAUCUUAACCAGAUCGGCGACCUGCUGCCCUCCUUUGAUUUCUUUGUCAACGAGGAGUGCAUGAAGUACUCUGAGUGCAACUUGUACAAGCCUGCCAGGCUGGCCAACAUGCCCGUGUGGCAAGUGGAGUAUGGCACCAGCAACAAGGGCACGACUUUCUUCCAGACCGUGUGCAAGUGCCAGUCCACCUGGGGCGUCAAGUCAAUCUACAAGUACACUUCCCUCAACACCUUCCGCCUGGAGUGCGACCCGAAGUACCUGGCCAUGGCCUGCCCCUACAGCGCCAGGAGGCUGCUGUCGCACUGA